AGUGAAAUGGAAGAAAAUAAUGACUCAUCACGUAGCCUUGUAAAAGUUAAGAAGAACAACAAAUUUGGAAUGCAUCCUUUGCUUCAAGAAAUGGGAAUAACAAUUAUUCGUGAAAUUUCAGUAAAGGAACCUUGGCCGAACAGGCGACUGUUGUUUGAUAAGGAUACAAAAUAUGUAAGAACAUUUUUUUUAUACGUAGUUUGAAAGUGUUUGUUUUGUCCUGUGCAAUAUAUUUGUUUUUUUUUGUUCUUUUCAUUACAGGAGACAAAAGCCAUGCAGUGGUUGCCUCUGAAACUACAUCAAGUAGAAAUAGCAAUAAAUUCUGAGUACCUUUUACAGAAACUAAGAUGGAUCAGUUCGAAUGGGUAUUCUUCAGAAUACUUUCAUAGCAAAUUUUGUGUGGACGAUGCAAUAGCGAUUGAUUUAAAGCGCAGUCUUCUUGGACGCCUCUGGAAAGCACCUCAGGUUUUGAAGUCGCUAAAAGUCCUUAACCUCAGUCACUCCAAGUAUUUAACAACAACCCCUGACUUUAACGGACUACCAAGUCUUGAACAACUCAUUCUGAAAUGUUGUCCAAGAUUGCGCAAAGUACACCCAUCAAUUGGAUGUCUCUGCAAUCUUUUACUGCUAAAUUUGAAAGACUGUACAAGUCUAAGCAAUCUCCCCAGAAGGAUAUAUAAGUUGAAAUCUUUAAGAACUCUGAUUCUCUCUGGUUGUUCGGAGAUUGACAUAAUGGAUAAAGAUGUAGCACAUUUGGAAUCCUUGAUAACUCUAAUUACUGAAAAUACAGCUGUGAAACAAGUGCCUUUUUCAAUUGUAAGCUCAAAAGGCAUUGGAUACAUAUCCCUACGUCCAUUUGAGAGUAAUUUUUUUUCUUCUAUCAUUCGAUCUUGGAUGUCGCCAACAAUGAAUCCCCUAUCUUACAUACAUUCGUUUUGCAUGGAUAUAGAUGAUAAUAGAUGGGAUGAUAUUGGGCCAUUACUUAGCCACCUUAGAAAUCUUCGAAGUGUUGUGGUGCAAUGUAACACCGAGUUUCAACUAUCUAAACAAGUUAAAGAUAUUCUGGUUGAAUAUUUUGCAAAUAUUACAGAAUCAGGAACUUCAAAGCAUCACAUCAGGUCUUCUUUGAUUGGUGUUGGAAGAUGCAAUGAAUUCUUGAAUACUGUCGGCUACAGCAUAUCUAAGGUAUUGGCAAGGAACGAGUCUUGUGAUGUUUCUCUCCCAGCUAUUAAUGAUCCUUAUUGUUUGCCCCAUAUGGGUGAGGGACACUCUGUUUCUUUCACUGUGCCUUCAGAUAGUGACAUGAAGGGAAUGACUCUGUGUGUUGUUUAUUUAUCAAACCCUAAAAUCAUAGAACCUGAAUUUACUACGGUCUUAAUUGUUAAUUACACAAAGUGUACAUGCCACAUACACAAUCAUGGCACAGUAAUUUCUUUUAAUGAUGAUGAUUGGCAUGGCAUAGUGUCAAAUUUAGAAUCUGGAGACAAGGUGGAAAUUUUUGUGAAUUUUGGUGAUGGAUUGGUGGUUAAGAAUACAGCGGUGUAUCUGAUAUGUGGUGAAUCAAAGAACUUGGAAGAAACGUCUGAGCCAAAGAAAUUUUCUCUCAUUAGAUUCAUAAAGAAAGUUGUAAUGUGAGUUCUGGUGAGUCAUUUAUUUAUCUUCUUUGAGAACAGUAGCAUCACUUUAGGCAUUAUAUUUUCCCAUACUUUACAUGUUUUACU